CAAUUUUAUUUUUAUAAAAAAAUAAUAAUGCGGAAAAUGAACUAUUAAAAAAAUGCUGAUCAUGGACUCCAUGGCAUGGAGUAUAUAAAAUCAAUCUCCGUUUUUUCUCCAUGAAUAACAAUAACAAUUUCCAAAUAUAAAAUGACAAAAAAACCCCCUUUUCGUCAUCUUUUAAGAAAGGUGUAGCAGAUUAAAAUCGUCCUCAUCAAUGGCAGUGCCCACCAUGGAUACUCUGAGCUUAGGAAAAAGUGCUCCCAGAUGUGUCUCCAUAACUACAAAGAUAAUACUCCACUCCAUUCUAAACCCACUCCUCAAAAUCCAAUGGUUCGCGUUCCUCUUCUCCUUCAUAGACGCAAUCCUGGCCGUCUAUUUCCGCACCAUCUGCAAGCUCUCAUCAUGCACCGUGGUGAUGGACGAUGAACAGACCUCCAUGCAUUUCUGGGCCCCCAAACGGCGAGACCCAAGGAAGCCCAACCUCCUGAUGAUCCACGGUUACGGCGGAGAUUCCAAGUGGCAAUUCAUGUACCAAGCCGGCCCACUUUCCCAAUCCUUUAAUCUUUACGCGCCGGAUUUAGUCUUCUUCGGGAAAUCCUACUCCACAAGGCCGGACCGGACGACGGCGUUUCAAGCGAAAUGCGUGGCCCAGGGGAUGGAGCAGUUGGGUGUGGGGAGGUACUCGGUGUACUCCAUCAGCUACGGUGGCUACGUGGCGUAUUCGAUGGCUGAGAUGAACCCGGAGUCGGUGGAGAAGAUGGUGAUCGUAAGUAGUGGGAUUGCUUUGACGGAGGAACAAAAGGCGGAGCACCUUGGGAAGCUGGAGAAGGAUGUAGUGGAUUUGUUAGUCCCGCAAAAAGCGGAAGAUCUACGGCUGUUAUUGAAUCUAUCGAUUCACAAGUACGAUCGCUUCAAAGGGUACCCUGACAUUUUCCUACAGGGCUUCAUUGACGAAACAUUGCUCGUUUGGGGUGACAGUGACAAGGUCUUCCCCUUAGUAUUUGGCCAACAAUUACAAAGGCAUUUGGGGAGCAAAGCAAAAUUGAAAAUUCUCAAAGACACGGGGCACGCAUCAAACAUGGAAUCUGCACAUCUCCUAAAUGAUUGUAUGAAAGAAUUCCUAUUGAGCAAGUCCUACUUCUCCAAAGAGAACUGAUGAAACCGAUGAAAACACUAUAAGAGUUAAAAGAGUGUAAUUUUUGCUUGGUUUCUGUUUUUUUUUUUUUUUUUUU